AUGAAAGAAAUAUUGAUAUCCGAGCGAUGCACAUCUUGUGGAAUGAGAAUAUUCCACAUGGGCAGAUGCAAUGACUGCAGGAUAUGUACGACGUGUGGGCAGCAGAUGCCUCAGGAUGGAAAAUGCCAAGAGUGUGCAAAGUUAAGAUGUGAAGAAUGGCGUGAUAACGUCGAUCAGAGUCCGAUCUCACAAGGCACUCCUACCCGUCUCGAUUCGCACCCGUCCCAACCAGAUUCGAUCAACUCAACGCCCGAGCGAGGGAAAGCCGAAGUUGGCAAAUUGGAUUGUGCCGCCAGCUCUUUGCCGACUAUGCCAGCGGCCGAAGAGUCUGAGAAUGACAAGGACGCAGUUGUCAUGUGGAAGCUUGUUGCCAGCUCUUUGUCAACUAUGCAAGCGGGCUAUCUUUUCAUUGACGAUGAUAGAGAAUCUGACAUGUGGAAGCUUGCUGCUAGGUAUAUGUUAGAAGAACAACCACGUCAUGCGAGCGAGGGAACUUUGCCUGGAAUUGAUUUUAUAACCAUUGAAAAUGACAAGAGGACACUCAACGGGAUCAAGGUGGCUCCCUUGCAGCAGAUUAAGCGACUACUCUCUGGAAUACCUGAUGCCAACUGUGGCUUUUUUUAUACUUUCCCACCUACCAGAGGAAUAUCACGCUCUGCUUUCGUGCACUACAAUAUUCGCAGAAGAACAUACCCCUAUCUGGCGUGGUCAUGUCUUGUCUGA